UCACUGGUCACAGUCUCACUCCUCUCAUUCUCCAUGUCACACGCAGUUUUCGUUUUCUCCAAGCAUGGACAGAGACGCCAAAUCAGAGAGCUGAACAAGCCAUCAGACGUUCAUGAUGCCUUGCUGUUUGGUUGUCUCACAGGAUGGGUCAGUUGGUCCAGUAGAGAAUGCCUCAGGAGACAAUCCACCUUGUAUAGCACCAGGAAUGGCGGAUGGCGAGACGUUGGAUAUGCUGUGGCAGUUCCGAGCCCAGCUCCGCCAGGACUCCCCUCAGCUCCCAGAGACGGUGACCCGUCUCACUGCUCCUGACGGGAGCAUCCUGUACUUGGUGGGCACUGCCCAUUUCAGUGAGGACAGCAAAAAUGAUGUGGCGAUGACAAUCCGCGCUGUGCAGCCAGACGUGGUGGUGGUGGAGCUUUGCCAGUACAGAGUGUCAAUGUUACGUAUGGAUGAGAACACGCUGCUGAGGGAAGCCAAAGAUAUCAACCUGGAGAAGGUUCAGCAAGCCAUCAAGCAGAAUGGGCUCAUGUCCGGCCUGAUGCAGAUCCUCCUGCUCAAAGUUUCUGCUCACAUCACGGAGCAACUGGGAAUGGCACCAGGAGGAGAAUUUCGAGAGGCUUAUGUUGAGGCGGGACGAGUCCCAUUCUGUAAAUUUCACCUUGGUGACAGGCCAAUCCCAGUGACCUUAAAGAGGACCAUAGCUGCUCUCAGUUUAUGGCAGAAGGCCCGUCUGGCCUGGGGUCUUUGCUUUUUGUCAGAUCCAAUCAGUAAAGAGGACGUAGAGAAGUGUAAGCAGAAGGACCUGCUGGAGCAAACCAUGUCUGAGAUGAUCGGCGAGUUUCCUGCUCUCCAUCAAACCAUUGUGGCUGAAAGGGAUAUCUACCUCACACACAAACUCCGCCAGGCAACACACUGUGUGGAGUCGCCAUCCAAUGGCCAGAAAGAGCCUGCUGUGGUUGUUGGAGUUGUAGGAAUGGGUCACGUCCCUGGUAUUGAACGAAACUGGGAUAUGGAGCUCAACGUUCAAGAAAUCAUGACUGUUGCACCACCCUCACAAUUCAGCUGGAUGCUACGCAUUGUUGUAAAGGGCGUCUUGAUGGGAAUGCUGGGAUAUGCCUGCUAUCGAGUCGGAGGAGGUUUAGGUCGAACCCUGCUGAUGUUACCAGCAGUCCAGACUUUGAUUGAGACUCUUCGGCCCCAGCCGCCUGACCCCGCUGGACCUCUCUAAGCCGUCUUUCACACAAGAUUUGAUUUUUAAAAAAAGAUGCAUUUAUCACCAAUGGCCUUAAAAGCAAGAGCUGGACCAGCUCACACCUGGGAACUGAUGAGGACCUCUCUGGGGUCAAGAACCUUUCACCUUCUAUUGAUGUCCCUAUAGGCACAGUGGGACUGUACUGCCAAAGAAACCACAACUGUACUCUAAUCUGCAUUUCUGGCAAUUAUAUUUUGCAUAAAUGUGCUCCUAUCAGUGUAACAUU